CCCCCGGCCGCCGUCAGGGGAGCUCUGGGAAACCUUCAGCGCCCGGCUCCGACGGCAAAGGAAGACCUUUCUCUCUGUCUCUCUCUCUCACUGUCCGCUCUGCCUGUCAAAAAAAAGAAAAGAAAAAGAAACCUUCAGCGCCUCUCCAGAAACAGACAGACUCUGACAGAGAGAAGUCUCCAGCCCCUGGUUGCUCCUCAAAUGCCUUCUCUUCACCUGAACGCUCACCUAUAUUGCUGAGUGUGCUACUAAUCUUAAAGAAGAGAUGAGCGUGUGACCUCCUUUGGUCUUCCUGGAGAGGCGGAGCUUGUGAACACCUUUUAAAAACCCGAGACUCCACCUAACCUGAACACUUGGGUUCCAGCAACCUGCUCGGCAGAGAAGCAAUUAGCCAAAAUGAUACCUGGAGGCUUAACUGAGGCCAAACCUGCCACUCCAGAAAUCCAGGAGAUGGUUAACAAGUUUAAAACACAGCUUGAAAAAGAAACAAAUGAGAGUUAUGAAGAAUUUGAAGCUGUGGAGUACAAAACUCAAGUAGUUGCUGGAAUAAAUUACUACGUGAAGGUCCGAGUAGGUGAAGACCGUUAUAUUCACAUGAAAAUAUUCAAACCUCUUCCUGGACAAAAUCAGGAUUUGGUUCUUUCUGCUUACCAGAUUGACAAAAGCAAGAACGACGAACUGAUAGGCUUCCAGUAGCAUGUUCCCAAAGCGGUUUGAUUCCAUGCACCGGCUAUUGA